CUCAUCCAUAAGCAAGCUUAUUAUUGUCUGUUAAUGGAGUAAAUCAGAUGAUUAGAGUGAGCUUAUAGCUUAACUUAAUUGCACUCACGCUCACCCAAAUCAAACCCUAAAAAUGGCUCUCUGUAUAAAAGGAGAAGAUGAACGAGGAGAGUCGACAGAGAGAGUGACACUUGGAAAUUUAUUAGGGUUUCUCUUUCUCGUUGUGUUACUUGAAUCAUGUCUCGCCUCCUCAGAUUCUCUAAGCUUUCUCCACUUAACAAUGUGAUGAAAGGAAGCAGCUUUCGUUGGUGUUCAUCUUCAACGACCACGAAAAACCCUUACUUGAUGUUUACCACAAGGCAGAUGGACUCUUGUUUGAUCCAGCGAGGGAGAAGCUAUUUACUGUACGAGACAAAUCAGUCCCUAAAGACCUCCUUAACUCAAGUCUGGUUGGAAGCUCACAAGGAUGGGGAAUUUUCUACGACACGAGUGAAUGAGGUUUUACGUGUUAGCGAUUUCUUAAACCCUUUGGCAUACAAAUCAAACCCAAAGGUGAUUCCUUUACCUUCACUGACUAACUCUGCCUUUCGAUCAAAACAAAAUCGAAUUCGUGAGGAAUGUGGCAAUGUCCUCUGAUUCUCCUUCUGAAGAAGAAGACUUUGUAGUUGCUAUCAAGUUACCGGGUAGUGAGAUUGGUGUCUAUAGACACGGUCGUGACCUCCCGUGGACUCAUUUCGAACUUCCUUUUACCUGCUUGGACAAGUCAAAUCUGGCUUAUUCCAAAACAGACCAAUGUUUUUACUUACCUGGUCCUGGAGGCAACUGCUUGUGUUCAUUCGACCUCCAUGGCAACCUCAACGUCCGUGAGCUACUGUUUCGUGACCUUCCUGAGUUUUCAAUGUCCGAGUUCGAGCUGUUCAGAUCAUAUUCCAGGGCAGAACACUGGGUGGAGUCUUCCUCAGGCGAACGUUUCCUUGUCCAAUGGUACUCUUAUGACUCUCCAUUGGAGCACAGAGACCCGAGAUUCAUGGUGUUUAGAGAGGAGGAGACGAUUGAUAGCAAAUACAUGUGUUACACUGAGGACAUUGGAGAUAUCUGCAUCUUCCUAUCAAACAGUCAUCCUUUCUGCGUUGAGGCCAGCUCGUGCCCUGGUUUGCAGCCUAAUGCCAUCUACAUCUUCUCCUCUCAUGACUUUGCUGUUUACGAUCUCCGCACCAAAAAAUGCCGUGAAUUUGAAAAACCCAAAGAUGGACCAUUCAUCCCUCACUGGAUUCCUCCCUAUUCUAUCUAAACUUGGUUGUUGCUAUGUUUUGUUGGUGGACCAAGUUUUGUCUUUUGGAUUUUGCUUAACAUUUGUAAAACAGCAUCAUCUGACCAUGGUGGUCCCUCUUUGUUUCCAUGACUCGU